AACAGUUCUAUAAAAUGAAAUGAAGCUUUAUGUUUAGCUGAUAUAUAUUUUGUAGAAAAUAUAUUUCAUUUUUUCAACAUGGCUAGGCUAUCAUUUAAAGGACACUGUACUGUAGCCUUCUUGAUUAGAGUAGCUUUAGUUAUUUACUCGGAUUAUCACGAUAAAACGUUUAGUGUUCCGUACACUGAUGUGGAUUAUACGGUAUUUAGCGAUGCAGCGAGACACAUGGUAGAGGGAUCGUCGCCCUUCGAUCGUGAUACUUAUCGUUACACACCAUUGUUGGCUUUGCUUUUAACACCGAACAUCUUUUUGCAUGAAAAUUUCGGAAAAAUCCUAUUUUCUUUUGUUGAUAUUUUGGUAGGAAUUUUAAUAAAAAAAAUUUUAUCAUUACAGCAUGUCAGCGAAAAAUUAAAAGAUACUUGUACUUUUAUAUGGUUGUAUAAUCCUUUCACGAUUAUAAUUUCAACCAGAGGAAAUGCAGAUUCUGUGGCAGUUAUUUUAGUUAUGUUAACUUUGUACUUGUUUCUACAAGAUAAAUAUAUUCAAGCAGGUUUCUUGCAUGCUAUAUCAAUUCAUUUUCGAUUAUAUCCUUUAAUUUUUAGUAUACCUAUGUAUUUCUCUCUUCGCGGUCGAAAUUAUUUGAUACCAAACAAAAAUCAAAUGAAGUUGGUACUUAGUUGUGUAAGUCUAACAGUUUUGUUAACUCUUAUAAAUUAUUAUUUCUACGGUUACAAGUAUCUUUACGAGAGCUUUCUGUAUCAUUUAAUUCGUAAAGACACGAAACAUAACUUUUCGGUUUAUUUUUACAUGAUGUACUUAUCUGCCAAGGAGCCAUCUAGCAUAAUUCAAAAAGUACUCACAUUUCUGCCACAGUUAUUAUUACUGUUAUUGUUGUCAUAUAAAUACUCAGAGAAGUCUCUAUUACCAUUUGCAAUGUUUACACAAGCCAUGGUAGUGGUAACGUAUAAUCCGGUAUUAACAUCACAAUACUUUUUCUGGUAUUUAUCCCUCUUACCUUUGUGUCUCCCGCGUUUCGGAUUAAGCAUUCGUAGAUCAUUAUGCUUAUGUUUCCUUUGGAUCUUAAGCCAAAGUCUAUGGUUACUGGCCGCUUAUUUGUUAGAAUUCCGAGGAUUGAAUACUUUUACGUACAUCUGGAUUGCUAGUUUAUUAUUUUUCGUUGUUAAUGUUAAAAUUUUAAACGAUAUUAUCGUAUAUUACAAAUAUUAAAUAAAACAUAUAGAAAUAAAUUGAUUAUUAUUAACAUUUUAUAUAUUAUCAUUUACACGUAUGUACUCGAAUUGAAAGCGUAUUAUUUAAUCGUUAUCAUUAUUGUCGAAAAUAACAUGAGUAAAGUUUGUAAAAGGCAUACAGAUAUGUAUUUAAAAUCUAUGUAAGAGAGAAUAAAAUAAAGAUUAACGGUAAAACCUA